UUUCUCAGGUGACUUUCCCUGUGAGGAUCUUCAAGUUAAUGGGGGUGGAGUCAGUGUUGGUGACGAACGCAUCAGGAGGAAUUUGUCCAGACUUUAAAGUUGGUGACAUCAUGAUCAUCAAAGACCACAUCAACCUGCCGGGAUUUGCUGGGCAACACCCGCUCUGUGGACCCAAUGACGAGCGUUUUGGGAUCAGGUUUCCGUGCAUGUCGGACGCAUACAGUAAGGAUCUGCGGCGUCUUGCAUUGGACGUGGGCUCGGAGCUUGGCUGCCGUGACUUUAUCAGAGAGGGAGUUUACUGCAUGGUGAGCGGACCCAACUUCGAAACCAUCGCUGAGGCCAGGAUGCUGCUGAUCCUGGGCUGUGACUCUGUGGGAAUGAGUACAGUUCCUGAAGUGACCGUAGCUAAACACUGUGGACUCAGAGUUCUUGGUCUGUCCCUUAUCACCAACAAGGUGUCCCUGGACUACAGUCGCGAGGAGAAGGUGAACCACGACGAGGUUCUUCAGAUCAGUAAAAUGAGGGCGGAGCUUCUGCAGAAACUCGUCUUCACGCUGAUCUGCCGUUUCCAGCAGCAAAGUAUCAACACGCACUGAAAGACGAGUCAAUUCAGUCUCCCAUUAGUUCACUACAGUUUAUCACUUCAUCCCUUCAUCAGGUCAUUAGUAGCCAGAACCAGUCAGUGCAGACCUCUGUCACACUGAGGUGGAAACCAAAACAAUGAUGAUAAAGGGAGAAAUGAAAAACUGAUUUCACCUUGAACAUCCUUUCCUAACCAACCCUAACCCGUCAUCCACUCUGUUUUGACGCCUCCCAGGCAACCAAGAACCACAUACACACCAAAUAACAUUCUGUAAAUUACAAGAAUAGUCACUGGAGGUGCAGAAGGAGAUCAUGCAUCCCAUGCUUCACCAACCCACAUGUAAAGAUUGAUAGAUAACUCCGGUGCGACAUUCCAUCAUAUCUGCCCAUAUCGAAGAAACUUACACCCAAUCCACAUGGACGACAAUAACCCCACUACCACAUAUAAACAACCAGCUCCUUAAAACAAGUCGGAUUACAUUUCCGAAUGCUACCACCUACGUUCCAAUAAAAAAAAUGUACUCACAGGUUGGAGUCUCAGAAACAAGGGCGUUAGGGAGGGCUGCGAUGUACUGAGGGAAUUUCUUAGGAUCUCUGCGUACCACAGCUUCAAAAACCUGACAGACCUCGUCCACACUGCAUUCAAUAUUGAUACUGCAGAUAAGAAAGAGCUUUGAGGUUCUGAAAUUGGUUUUAUCAGCCUCACCCACAUAAUUAGCUCCAGUCCGGAGUAGGCUCUAAACAUGUUUCUGGCCUUAAAAUCCACAACAACAGGGACUGGACCAUGGCUUAGCGACAGAUAGCACAUGGGAAAUGGAUCCAUUUAUUAAAAACUAUAGAUCCAUCUGGUUUAAAUUCUGCUUGAUGUUUCUUCCAGUUAAUGAAGAGUUUUUUUUUCUCUCAGUCGUCAAGAGUUUCUAACUGUAGGAACUGUUGGUUUCUCUAUCAUUUUCAAGAUCUUGACCUUCUAUGUAAAGACCCUUGAGAUAAUGUAUAUUAUGGUUUGGUGCGAUACAAAUAAAAUUGAAUUGGGUCAAUGUCUCGCUCA